AUGAAAGAAGCUGGAGAUGGCCUGCACGCUCAGAUGAACUCAAUGAUGGGCGCGCUCCAAGAACUAAAGCUUCUCCAAGUCCAGACUGCUCUUGACAACCUUGACAUCACGGGACGCCCCAUCAAUCGCGGAAUACCACACCGUCCAGACGCCGCUACUGGGAAAGGCCUUGGGUUUGACCACAGCAUGCCGCCCGUAACCAACCCGAGCCCAGUGCCAAGUCAAAAGAGCGGAAACACCACCACAAGCCGAGAAAGUAGUUGCAUGUCCCAAAGUGGAAGCAGCAUGGGGACCUCAACCACAUCGUCAUCAAGCUUUGAGUCCUGCACUAACAGCAGCAGAAGCUCAACAAGUGCAAAUAAAGAGCCGAUUCCAAAACGCUGGUCAGGAUACACGGCUCCGCAAGUGGACUUUUGCGGGCCGACUGUUGGAAACCCCUCACCUGAGCCAUGUUCUCAUCUACAGAGCCAACGUCGCUCCCAAACUGUGGAUCUCCCCGGAAUUUUGUACAGUCUCUCCAAAGAGGGGCCCUCCAUGGACAGUGAAUGCAACCAAGACAACACAGAUGAUUCUAGUGAUUGGACCUCUUCGCUCAUGAACCAACGUCGCAACCGCCAACCUCUCGUUUUGGGCGAUAACGUUUUUGCAGAUCUCGUCGGGAACUGGCUGGACCUUCCUGAAGUGGAGAGAGAGGACAUGGAAGAAGACGAGAUGCGGAAGGAGGACGCAAAGAAUGGGAACGGGAUGCCUGAUAAACUCGACAGCCGGCAGAUGCACCUCAGUCGCUCUCAGGAGUUUUGUCGCAAGUUCACGCUCACUACGAACAUUUUUAAGAAGUUUCUGCGAAGUGUGCGUCCUGAUAGAGACAAGCUGUUGAAAGAACGACCGGGUUGGCCAGAGAUGACGGAAGGCGAUUUGUUCAAAAGGCCAAAGAAAGCAGGCGCUAAAGGCUCCAAAGGCAGCUUUUACUUACCGUUCUGGGCAAACGGACAGCAGGGGAAAUCCCAGCCAAAUGGAAAUCUGAAUGAAGUUGAGAGACAUCAGCUUCCACAACAGCAGCACUUCCCCCAGUGUCAUCAGCAAACUUUCCCUGGGAUUUACUUGGACAGUAGACAACCACAGACCGCUGCUGAGGACAGAAUGCAGCCCUUGUUUGACUACAACACAGCUGUCUGGGUCUGA